UCGGACGAGGACGAACGAAAGGAAUGUUUUGGACGCUGGCGCUUUGUUCGUUUCCUCGCGUCGUCUUUCGCCGCCGCCGUCUCCUUCUAGCUCGGCCCAGGAGGACGGCGGAAGAGAUUCCUCGAUUCGCUCCGGGGUGAUGCGCCCCGUCUCGGAUUCUCAGGGGCUCCUCCGGUCCUCCCCAGCCUCUCAGGCUCUCAGCACAGCAGGCAGGUGGGGUGUUCCUGGAUUCCAACUGCUGUUAUGCUCACUACCUUGUGGGCUCGUCAGAUUGCACAUCUGCCCACCAAGUGCAAAUUCAGGAGUAGCCGCUGCCCCUUCCUUCCUUGCUGUCAAGCAGCGGCAUCCCCAUUUUACUUUGGUUCACAGUGCGUCCUUCAGCUCCCAACACAGCCAACCGACAAGAGGCGCUGCAGGUCCUCUUAUGGCUGAAAGGGAGUUGAUUGGGAAGGAUAAGCUUGUGCUUAGAGGUUUGCAGUUUCAUGGAUUCCAUGGAGUGAAACAGGAGGAGAAGACUCUGGGCCAAAAGUUUGUUGUAGAUGUUGAUGCUUGGAUGGAUCUGAGCACUGCUGGUGAAACUGACAGCAUAUCUGAUACAGUCAGUUACACGGAUAUUUACAGAAUUGCCAAGAAUGUGGUUGAAGGUCCAUCUCAGAAUCUUUUGGAGUCAGUGGCUCACCAGAUUGCAAGUGCCACAUUGCUCAAGUUCCCACAAAUAUCUGCUGUCCGGGUUGAAGUUAAGAAACCUCAUGUCGCUGUACAAGGAAUUGUUGACUAUUUAGGUGUUGAGAUAGUUAGGUAUAGAAAGGACAAGACAGGAAGUUCACCAGGAGCUCCACUGCAGUAGCAUACUGUGAGGAUGACAUGUCCAUAUUCAAUCUGUCAAUUGCGUCUUUGACUGCUCAACAUUGCUUUUCUGCAGAUGUAUGUACUACAACAAUUUGUACUAAAUAUUGCACUCAGAAUCUUUUUUUGGGCUCAAAAUUGGUCAGUUCUAUUGGAGUUGAAGUAGGCACUAUUUUUUUUUUUCUGGGUAAAGCUUGGAUGGAGAUGGAAUUCUGGCAUUGGAUAUUAUUAUGAACCUGGUUGAUAUUUUGCAUAUUGUACCUUCCUUCCUUGGUGUCCAGUCUGUGGUUCUGUAAAGUUUGUACCCUCUUUUGUUCCAUUCUGUCAAAACUAUAAGGAAAUUGGAGCUGUCA